GUGUGUACCCAGAAAAGAACGAAAGGCCCAAGAGAGCAAUGCGGCAAUCACCAUGAAGAGAGAAGCAGAGAUUCAUGACUAUCAGAAGAAACUGGAAAGGUGGCAAAGGAUCAUCAGCUUUAACAAAGCAAUGACAGAAAUGCAAAUAUCAGCACCACUGAAGAUGAAUAAAAAUCAAACAAGAGCAAUUAAAGGAGAAGUUAAAUUGGCAUCAAGAGCACUUCUGCUAGUACGACAGGCUGCUUUGAAGGAGCUCUUUGAGAUCGAACACAAGCAAUACCUGGAAGAGCUAAGUGUGAUGGGGAAGACUUUCUACAAAGAGCGGAUUUGAGCUGAGAGAUCUAGCAAUAACCCUGCCAAAUUCAAGAGACUCCCUCACUGUGCAGGAUGCCUGAAAGGGUAUUUAGAUAUCGAACUGUAU